UUUCGGGCGCGUCACACGACCGGGAAGCGAAACGGCGGCGUCCAGAAAGCCUCCCACAAAAUAAUUUUUUCAUGGAACGAGAGAGGAAGUGGCCGCAGCGCCGCGUGUUUUGCGUCAAGCGUCUUUCCAUCGCGUCAAAAGUCCUUUCAUGUCUGGACAAAAUGUAAUCAGCUCCUCUGUUGACGCUGAAGCCCACCCCCGCUCCUCCCGCCCCCUCGGCUUGUACGCGAGCGGAGACGAGCUCAUUCCGGAUCGAGCGCUGGCCGGCGUCACCACGGCGAUGAAGAAGUUGGCCUCGCGGGUCCCGGCCAAGUCGGGCGUGGCCUUCGUGCACGCCAAACCUCCCAGGCAGCGCAUCGGAGCCGCGCAAAGUUUUUUGGUCCUGUCCGCGUUCGCGGUGGCCAUGCUGGCGCCGGCGGCGUGGAUCGUCCGCCAUCUUCCCGAAUAUCGCCGCAGAAGCCGCCGGAAGCCCUCCGGCUGAAGGACGCGUCAGGCCGCCGCCUUUCCUUCUUUUCGCGUCGACUUGACAAUAAACGCAAAGGAACUUCUUUUGCGAAAUAAACCGCAAACACAAAAACGCCGUUUGUAUAUUUUGGAAAGAUCAAAAAGAACAUGGGGUUCUCCAAACAGGAAGUUUGUAUUUGAGCAGGAAUGUGUUUAUUGUGACGAUGUCACUUCCUGUGAAGAGAACUCCCACAGAGACGACGGGGAGGGCAACCUUGAAAUGAGCAAAAGUCUUGUCGUGUUCAAGCCUCUCCAAACAAAACAUUUGUAAAUGUAGAAAAGCACCCGUGAGACGCUUUUGUCAGACUUUCUCCUUCAAUUGUCGCGCACGGACCUCGGCCACCCGGGGGCAGCGUAAGACACGCGAGCCCUCUCGGGCUUGUCGGUUCAGCAGUAGUAUUCCAGGUAAGUGCCCAGAAAAGAGAAUAUUGAGGGGAAAGUCCAUUUCUUUCCAUAAUUCAUGCAUGUUAUGUGAGAUCACACAGUGAACUAGUUCAAGCCUUUGAUUGUGGCAGCUUCCUUUUUGUCAGCCUCCUUUUCGAGGUAGCGAUGAAAAAAGGUUUGCACUCGCAAGUCGAAGCAUGAAAAAUGCGCUGGCG